UGUUCAUUCGACUCGGCGCGCCGUGGGUGGAUGCCCCGAGACUCCGAAUCGACUCCACUUCGAGGCGUUUUGAACGUUGUACAAACGUUGUAAAAACGUUGCGCACGGACGUUGCUUCCCCGGGCCUUCUGGGGCGAGCAAGUUCCCCGCGUUCGGCGUUCGCCGCGCUAUGUCGAGAAUGGGCAUCGCGCCGGAGAGGCAGUGGGUCAUGGUUCUACCCGAAUGGUUCCUAAAGGAAGCUGAGAAUUCCGACUGCGACCCACAUUUCAUCAAACUCCCGCACCCCAAAACAGGUGAAGGAACGACCUUCCUCGUGGGUGCCGAUGGUAUGCACGGGGGCAAGGACAAGGGCAGGGCUUUGCUGGAGAUGAGGGCAUUGGCUGAAAAAGAACCCAGGUCUUGGCUGAUUGGAGAGAGUGUGCAAGAAGAUGGAAAGCUGGUGCUGUGUACCCGCGUCGAUCCGCUCUUUCUCACGCUCCCGUACCUCCAACGGGCACACGCCAAGGGCAAGUUUGAGCCUUUGAGUCAGAUCGUAAUGGAUCAAGAUUUCCCGGCUUGCUCCUUUUUGGCCGAGUGCGUGGGCGUUCGCUCCAAACUUCACGCGGUUGCCGAUGAGAAAGGAAAUGCAGAUCAGAAAUUUUACAAAUACAGCCAAGACAAGACAUUGGCCUGGCUGGAGAAAAAGGUGGCAAGGGUGGUUAAAGCGCUCAAGGAGAAAAGCAUCGCGGUGGGAGCCGGAGUUAAAUCUGCGCUGUUCAUCCGUACAGACACCAGCGGCGCUUCCUCCGAAGAAGAGUACAUGCGCUACGCCCACGGCCUCAUCUCCGAGUACCUGGACACUGAAUUGAGUUCUCGUUUGCAAGAACACUUGGGAAUCUCUGACGUGUCGCUCGUCGCGGAGGGAGAGCACCAGGCCUCCAAGAAGCGGAAGCGAUCGGACCUGCGGGUCGAGGCGGCCGAAGACUACUCCAAGGGCUCGGAUGGCGCGGGGAAAGCGGCCAAGCCUGGAAAACAGACCACAGCACAGAGAGCCUUGGCCAAGGUGGACCGCAGCGGGAUGAAAUCCAUUUCCAGCUUCUUCACAGCCAAAGGAGAAAAGAAAUCCUGAGCCUCUGCAGGAGAAACCCUUACCGGAUGACCUCCUGAGCCAACCGGUCAAACCAUCAUCUACGUCCGAGUUGAGACCACUCGAAAAGUGCCUGGCCCACUUGCCUGCUAGGUUAGUGGCCAAGUCCCUGAUUAAACUAUCGCCACUGAACCAUGGUGGAGUGACUGCCUGAGACAUUGCUUGAACCAUCUGCUGAUACCCCUUUCCACGCCACGUGCUAAGUUCCCAUCUUUACCCCCUGACACCAACUCCUGAACGUCAACAGUCGGUGGCUGACCCUGUGGCUAAACCCGCCUGGUUAGUCGGUGGCUAAGCCAACUGGCUGUCGAUUGACGGCAGAAACUCAACACAUUCAUCAUUGACACAGUGGCCCUUACAAGAACAUAGUGGGUGACGUGUUGAGCAAUAGCCAUUGCCAAAACCGUUAGCUAUUAUAUAGAUAUAUUUUUUUGCUGUUAAGGCCACACUGUCAUUGACGAUCGUGUUGAGUUUUGUUGUUGUUUGUGCUUGAGCACCACCGCCAACGCACAGUGCCGGAUUAUCCGAGUGGCACAAGUAGCUACACACGAUGCUACGGGCCCCGCACUUUCAAGGCCCCCGCGCUAAAUGCUUUCAAGCUAUCAAUUCCGGUUCAGUGAUUCUGCACUUGCUCUAUUACUAUAGUACUAUGCCACCUUCAACUUUUACGAACGACUGGGUGUUUAAGGUUAGCGAUGUGUCGUAUUAUCUGGCUGUAUAGCAAAUGAAAAAAUACAAUAACUUUACUAUGCAAGUUAAAAAAAUUGUGUUUGAAUAUUUGUGUUUUUUUUAUUUAGGGCCCCUUUAUAACAUCAUGCUACAGGCCCCGCACUCGCUUAAUCCGGCACUGCCAACGCAGCAGCAGCAGCAGCAUCACCGCCAAAUAUUUGUUGAAUUCAUGAGCUCGGCCACCUGAGCACACUUCCACAUCGCACAGACCACACAUUAAACCAGCGUCUGAGCCACCCGUGUCGACCGCUGCUAACCCAUCGACCUGCAACGGGAUCACUCGCGACCUGAAACCAGUCCAUCGCCAGCUUCGAUCAACCUCCCGGCUAAACGCGCCGCCUGAACCUCGUGAGCUUCAAAGGCAACGGGGCUGUUGAACCCCGCGGACCAAACCGCAGCAGCACAAGCCACCAUCCGGCCAAGCCACUAGGGAUAGAUUUAAAAUCUGCAUUCACGGACAGACGCGAGCGCGUGCGGUGGGUGUGGUGUGUGUGUGUGUGCGGUGUGUAUGUGGGUGUGCGGUGUAUGCGGUGUGUGGUUGUGCGGUGUAUGCGGUGUGUGGUUGUGUGUGCGGUGUGGGUGUGUGCGGUGUGGGUGUGUGUGCGGUGUGUGUGGGUGUGUGUGCGGUGGGUGUGUGGGUGUGCGGUGUUUCACUGGGGAGCAGGAGUGUCGCGGUUAGCGCGCUGCGCUACGAACCCGGGGACCCAAGUUUGAUUCCCGCUCACGACCAACGCCAGUGACGGUUAUCUAAACCGAGCCUGGGCCUCCUCCCCUAGGUCGACUCAGCAUCAAAUGAGUACCCGGUGUGGUGUGUAAACAUCGCCACUCGGGAGACAAAGGCGGCCGGGCGUGGUGCUGGCCACCCACCCCCUCGUGUGCCGUGCUGGCCUUCGGUGGUGCUACUCGCUAGGAGCAGUUGCCUGUGAACAGUCUGUUACAGGCUACACGGGGGAUCUUUGCGUGCCUGUGUGUGUGUGCGUGCGUGAGCUGCUACCGUGGCGAAAAGCAAUAAAGUUAUCCUGACGCCCACGGCUGCCCCAGCCCUUCAUUUGUACACAGCGCGGCGCGUGAAGGCGAGCGCUGUGCCUCCCCUAGGUCGACUCGGCCCAAUGUGUACGCCGUGUCAAAUGCCGCCGCUGCCGCCAGCCACCCCC